AUGGAAGCUUUGUUGGAAGGACUGCAAAAAAAGGGAAAGACAGGGACACUUUAUAGUUCCUGUGAAGCUGAGUUGCAAGAACUGAUGAGACAGAUUGACAUCAUGUUGGAUCAUAAGAAGGCUGAGUGGGAAGCCCAUACGGAGACACUAAAUACUCUUUUACAACUCCGAGAGCAGGAGUUAAAUACUUCUAGCGCUCGAGAAGAAAGACUGAGCCAAGAGAUCAAGACGCUAAGAAAACAGUUGACAGAGCAAGAGGAGAGCAAUCUCAAGAAGACAUCAGAAUAUGAAUCUCAACUGACACAGUUUCAGGAAGAGCUCAAUAAAUUGAAAAGAUCAUAUGAAAAGGUUCAGAGACGACACCACAGGUUGGAGGUGAGAGGCAAAGCAGAAGAAGAGAAGUCCGAGGUUAGCCGGCUUACAAGAAGGCUGGAGGAAUUCCGCCAGAGGUCUCUGGACUGGGAGAAGCAGCGUCUCCUGUAUCAGCAGCAGUUGGCAGCAUUGGAAGCUCAGCGCAGGACACUAGCAGAACAGGCUGAAAUAUACCAGCAACAAUCCCAAAGCCGUAAGCAUAUGCUGGAGCAAACAAGCUUGGCUGGCCGAUCAGAAGUCCAACAUCUUAGUGGUCAGCUGGAACGUGCUAAUGAUACUCUCUGUGCCAAAGAAGGGGAGUUAGAGAGUCUGAAGCUGCAGCUAGAGUCCUUAACUGCUGGACAGGAGAGAACAGACCGUGAGCUUCAGCAGGCUCAGCACACCAUAAAGGUUCUCCAGGAAGAGAAAGCUGAGCUGCGGGCGACCAUACAAGCUCAGACUGACUUCCUGCAGGGGUCUAAAACACAGAAGGAAGAACUACACAGAGAGGUGUGCAGGGUGAGCGACACACUGAAAGAAAGGGAGAGCAGCAUCAGGUCAUUAGAAGAAAGAUUAAAAGGAACCCGGCUCUCUGAUGGGUGUACAGAAGUGGAUGUACUGCGCUCUCAGCUGUCCAUUAGCCAUUUAAAUGAGCAGAGGCUACAGGAUGAAGUGACCCGACUAGAAAGUCAUAUUGGGUCAGUGACACUCCAAUGCAAGCAGCUUGCUAAAGAGAUUAAGGAGAAGGCUGAAUCAAGGCAGCUGUUAGAAGAUGAGCACACGAAAUGCUGGGAAGAAAUUAAGAAGUUGAAGAGCCAGCUCUGCCAGGCCGAACUGUCAUAUAGCAGUGUUCUUGAUGGGAUGAAGAAGGAGAUCUCUCAGCUGACACAAGAACUACACCAGAGGGACAUUAGCAUUGCCUCCAGCGUUACAGCCAAAGAAUGGGAGAGGAGCGUGCAAGCUGAGCGGGUCAGAGCUGACAGGGAAGCAACGCAGGAUAAGGCUUUGGAAAAUCUUGAGUGUGGGAACCAGAAACUACAGAAAGAAUUGUCCCAGGCUCGGGGGGAUCUGGAGCUUGUUUUGCAGACACAAGAGUCGUCUGAUAUCCAGACUGCAGUGGAUAGGAGAUCCCAGGAACUGCUGGGCAAGCACGAGACAGAGUUGACUGCACUUAAUGAACGGUUGAAUGAAGUCUCUGAGAAGUAUGAGGAGGUCCUGCGUGCUCUCCAGUCUCAACGAGAAGCUGCCUCUGUUCUAAAAGAUUUAAGCAGGACAAGUUCUGUGGAAUCGGUGUCUUCUGAGCACAGCAAAGCAGAUGUUCAUGUUGAAGAUGAGGACUCUAACAGGGAAUCACAGCUCCCAAUGCCACCGUCCUCCCCGGCCAGCACGAUAGCCACAAGGUUCCUACAGGAGGAGGAGCUGCGAUCGCAGGAUCUUAUUCAAAAACUAGAUUCUCAUAUUGAGGAACUGAAACAAGAGAGUCGGCGCACAGUGCACCAUUUCACAAACACCAGGUAA